AGCAGCUGAAACGUUGUUGGAGCUGAGCGCAUUUAGGGAACAGUUAAGAAAAACAGAAGUGUCAUUGGAGCUGAGCUCAGUCAACAAAACAUCAGAGGAAGACUGAGUUUUUACCACCUCCACAUCACAUGAAGUUUUGCCUAAUAUUGUGUUAAGUUCAGAACAACCUACACUUAGCACUAUGAUUCAAACAAACAGACAGCUCUGUGCAUUUACUGGAAUACAAACGUUUGACUUGUUGAAUGUUAUUAUUAAAGCCGGAGAACCCCUUGACAAAAAUCAGCGGCUUUUAUCGUUCCAUGAUAAAGUACUGCUAACUCUUUGCAAGUUAAAAUUAAACAUUACCUUCAUUUGCAUAGCUCUCUUAUUUAAAAUUCCUGAAAGUACAUGCAGAAGAUAUUUCAAAGAAACAUUAAUUGUAUUGGAGGCAGUUUUAAAAAGUGCAAUAUAUUGGCCUAGCAAAAGAGAAGUUCUUCAAAAUUUACCAUUAAGUUUUUCCAAUUAUACAAAUGUUCAAAUAAUUUUAGAUUGCACUGAGUUUGCAGUUGAAAAAACAAAGUGUCUAAGGUGCAGAAUCUGCACAUACUCACAUUAUAAAGGGGACAAUACAAUUAAAGUCCUCAUAGGUGUGUCUCCAGCAGGACUGAUUACAUUUGUGAGCAAAGCUUUUGGUGGAAGAGCAUCUGACAAAGCUAUCAUAGAACAAUCUGGUGUGUUAAAUAAACAAGAGCCAUUUGUUGAUGCAGUAAUGGUGGAUAAAGGUUUCCACAUUGAUGAAGCUUGUGCAGAAAGAAACAUCCACCUCAUAAGACCAUUUUUGCAGAGACAAACUCAGUUUACACAUGAACAAGCACUGGAGACAAGUCAAAUAGCAUCAGCAUGGGUACACGUGGAGCGAGCCAUUCAAAGACUGAAAAACUUUCAAAUUUUGUCAACAAAAUUAAGUUGGACCAUGUUGGGAUUGAUAGAUUCAAUUUUGUGCAUUACUACUGGUAUUGUAAAUCUAAGUAGUCCAAUUCUAGAUACUGAAAGAUUUUAAAAACCUAAAAAAAGAAAAAAAAAAUCACAUGCCA